AUGACAACUCGGCCUCCUUUGCUCUUGGUUUGGCUUUUGAUAGCCCACUCACUCUGCUCUGGCAGCCCGGAAUCGUAUACUAAUUCCACAGACAUUGUAUACCCUACGCGUUUCCGAGGAGUCGAAUGGGAUAAUGAGCAAUGGAAGCUGUCCACUACUCUUCUUGAACCAGGUCGAUAUCAAUCAAGGAUCUCCCUCGCCAACGGAUACUUGGGAAUUAACCUGGCGGCUCUCGGCCCGUUCUUCGAAAAAGAUAAUCAGUCCCUCAAUGGCUGGCCAGUUCUCGAUCGCCGCCAAAGCUUCGCCACCAUCGCCGGCUUCUAUGACUCUCAGCCGAAACUCAACAGUAGCAAUUUCCCGUGGCUCGAUCAAUACGGCGGAGAAAGUAUUAUCAGUGGCGUGCCCCAUUGGGCUGGUCUGCUGGUGAAAACCGAAGCUGCUACCUUAGACGCCUCGACUGAUCCAAGGUCCAUCAAGAACUUUCACUCGGCCCUUGAUCUCAGAACGGGUCUGAUGAAGUGGAAAUUCGAAUGGGUUAUCGACGGCCAACCUGAAAUCUCGAUCGAAUACACGAUGUUUGUUCAUAAACUGCAUGUCAACCGCGCUGCCGUGCAACUCGAGCUCAAGGCCGUCAGCGACUUUGAGCUCAGCGUGAUUGAUCUCCUGGAUGGUGAUUGUGCUGCCCGGACUGAUUUUGUGGAGAAACGUUAUCACUCGAGCUCGUCGACCAUUUGCUCCGCCGUCAGGCCGAACGGGAUGGCCAACGUAACUGGCCAUGUGUGUUCCAGUUUAAGAUCCGAAGCCUUCUCUCAGAGUUACUUGCUCAAAGGUUCCCCAACGCCCUCCAGCUCAGCUAGUCCCUCAACGAUCGCCCAGUCUGCCGGGAUAAAAUUGAAACGGGAGCAGACCGUGGCUGUGCAAAAAUUCAUCGGCGCUGCCUCCGGUGAUGCCUUCUCUGACCCUCACACCGUCGCCCUGCAAUCUGCCAUCGCAGGCGCCAAAGAUGGCUUUUCAUCUCAGCUGGAUUCCCAUCGGCGUGAAUGGUCCUCCAUCAUGACCAAAGAGUCGGUCGAUGACUACGCCUUGGCUCAAUAUGACCCUUCUACAAUUGAUCCUAACAUAGUGGAGCUACAAAUCCUCGCCAUAACCAACCCAUUCCAUCUUUUACAAAACACCAUCAGCUCUAACGCUAUCGCUCUGGCCAAUACUUCCAGUGCCCUUGACAACUGGAGCAUCUCGGUAUGUGGAUUAGGCUCUUCUUGCUACGGUGGUAUGAUCUUUUGGGAUGCCGAGGUAUGGAUGGCACCCGGGUUGGUACUCAGCCAUCCGCAUGCCGCUCAACGAAUCAUCAACUAUCGGGUGGCUCAGUUCCCUCAAGCACAAGAUAACAUCAAGAUGGCAUUCAGCUCCUCCCAGAAUCGUACCAACCAAUUCUCGCCUGAUGAUGCGAUUUAUCCCUGGACAAGUGGCCGGUUCGGUAACUGCACCGCCUCAGGACCUUGCUUCGAUUACGAAUAUCACAUCAAUGGUGACAUCGGUUUAAGCUUUUUUCACCAUCUCGUGGUCACUGGAAACUUCGAAUAUUUCAAACGGCAUCUCUGGCCAAUCUAUCAAGCGAUUGCUGGCUUGUUUAGCAACCUGUUAUCUGAAACUUCUACCCACAAGUAUGCUCUAAGGAACGCCACUGAUCCGGAUGAAUAUGCCAAUCAUGUUGACAAUCCAGCAUAUACGAUGUUUUUGAUUAAACAUCAUCUGACUACUGCCAAUGAGUUGAGGGGAAGAGUAGGUCAGAAGCCAAAGCCGACAUGGUUAAAGCAAGCUAAUAAUCUUGCACUACCGAUCGAUGACCAAAGCGGGAUCAUAUUGGAAUACGAGGGGAUGAAUUCCUCAAUCGUAGUCAAACAAGCCGAUGUGGUCUUGAUUGAUGAUUUCCUAGAUUUCCCAAACCCGCACAGACUCGAAAAUUUGGAGUACUAUGGUACCAAGCAAUCCCUUAAUGGACCAGGAAUGACCUACGGGGUCUACAGUGUUGUCGAGAACCGGUUCCAGAUCUCUGGGUGUUCCUCCUACACCUACCAUCUGUUUAGUUCGCAGCCUUAUAUCCGAGCACCCUGGUUUCAGUUUAGCGAGCAACUGGUGGACGAUUAUUCUCAAAAUGGUGGCAUCCAUCCUGCCUUCCCUUUUCUCACCGGUAUGGGCGGUGACUACCGGGUGACUGUGUAUGGCUACCUCGGCCUGCGUCUAGAGCUGGACCACCUCAGCGUAGACCCCAGUCUGCCACCCCAAAUCGCUUCGCUCAGCUAUCGGAAAAUUUACUGGCACGGUUAUCCCAUCCGAGCGAAGUCCAACCAGACUCACACCUCCCUCUUCCGCCCACCAUCUGGGGCUCUUGCCGAUGCAGACCCGGAUUACGCCGAGGCGCCCAUACCGGUCAAGCACAGGUCUUCCGGCCGUAUUCUCAAGCUUGGACGUGCACGCACGGUGACAGUCCCCAACCGGCCCGUAUAUCUGGCCAAUCCGAUCCAGUGCGCACCCAUCAAGUCUGACCAAGCUUUCCUCCCAGGACAAUUCCCGCUCUCGAUCCUCGACGGCUCCUCUGCCACACGCUGGAUUCCUUCAGAUCUCCCCGCCACGGUCACCGUACCACUCAACGAGCACUUUCGCGCCAAACAGAUUAUCGGAUUCGGCUUCCAGUCCUCCAACUUCACCGACUUCCGCAUCCGCUUCUUCGACGAUCCCGGUCAACGCACAGCUCUCAGUACUUACUCUUCUUUCAACGGAACCCAUGUCGGUUUUCAUCCAUUUGUUGGACUAGAUGACCAUGAUGAUCACGAUCAUCAACAGAAGAUUAGUCAAAAAGAUCAUGGAUGGAGUUUUUAUAGAUUCGACCAGCCAAUCGGCUUCAGCAAAUAUGCCAAUCUGACUGUCUUCGACACCGAUCAAAUCCAGUCCGCUCAUCCAGAGAGCUUCCAUACCCAAGACUCUCGUCCCAAAAAUCAGCACACCAGUCAAAGGAAUUCAAAGUCGCUUGGCAUGGCUCAAUGGACCCUUUUGACAUCCCAUCACCACUCUUCCAGGACGCCAGAAUCCCAUAACCGCAAUUCUGGACAAACACUAAUUGAGCUUCUUUGA